AUGCCGCUGACAUCAGUCUUGACAGGAUUCGUGGACAGACUGUAUCGUUAUGGUGACACGAAGAAGGACUAUGCUGAGGUGGAGAGCGAGGAAGGAGCAGAUCCAUAUAGGGAGCUGGCAGCUCGUGAUCAGAUCCUUGACUUUUUUGAACAUGAUUACGACGAUGUGAUGGGGUAUCUUCCUGAGGCGUUACGGGGUAUAGCAACGAAGGAGGUGCUUGAUCGAGGCCGGUCAGGGAUCGAGGAAUAUAUGGAAGAAUUACGGGUGGCCUACUAUAACGCUGUCAAUGGGGAGGCCUUCCAGAACAAACAGCUGGAGGAAAAGAAGAUAUCAUUAGAGCACACCAAGUUGGAUCUACAGGAUAGAUUGGAUAAGAGAAAUUUGAAGCAUCAAGAGCGGAUGAGUUUGGUACCAAAACUUACCCAAAUCAUCGGGCGAGCGAAAUUGGCGAAAUUCUUGGCAACUACUGGUUAUGGGACAGACAGUGUACCGACUCUACUCUACAUCGGUCAUCGGGUGAAGGAAACUCUCAAGUACGAACUUGACUUUGCUACUGCUCGGGAGACGUGGAAAUACACAAGCAAGCCGGAAGCUAUUCGAGAACCAGUACCGGAGAGAGUUCGAGAUGAUCGUAAAGAUGUUCAAUGA